AUGAUGGCGGGGUCGGCCGUGUGCCGCCUCCUGUGCAGCACCAUCGAGGAGAAGGGGCUGGGCGACGGGCUGGGCGUAUUCAUCGCCACGGGCACUGCCUUGGGUGGGCGGGGCGUCAGGGAGUAUCCGUUUGGCUAUUCCAGGUUCCUGUGGGACGUGGCUGGGCAGCUCCGGGCCUCCCCGCCGCCGCCCCUGCGCCUGCUGGCAGCCCUGGGCCUGUGCUUUGCCACCGUGGCGGGCGUGGUGUACGUCCAGGGGCUCGAGCUCCGGCUGCCGCUGGCCUACCACCGCGCGCGGGGCGGCAGUGCCCUGGGCACCCGCACGCUCCUCUUUGUCAACUUCUGGGUGUCCAUGUUCCAGGUGCCCCUCAACCUCCUGGGCCUGAGCACCCUGUUCAACUCCCCCUGGGCCUAUGCCGCAUUGAUCUUCCUGGUGGAGGCGCCCAAUAUCGGCGACACCUCCCCGCAGCUGGCGUCCUACUUGGCUAUGGGCGAAGCCGGCGUGACGGGGAUCAGCCCAGGGACCGCGACUGCGGCGGUGCUGUCUCGCACCCGCCAGCAGCUACGCCUGCUCAACGCCGGUUUCCUUGCCGCGGCCUGGCUGUCUACCGCCUGGGUGGACGCCGCGGUGGCGGCCCUGGUCGGCGCGCCUGCUGGCUGCCUCCAGUUACUGCUCCUGGUCAGCAUCUUCACCGGGGGCACGCGCCAGCUGGCGGCGCUGGCCACCCCGGUCCGGCUGGAGGCGGAGCUGGCGCGGGAGAGGGCGCUGAUGGGCCGGGCGUGA